AGCCGGACGAGCACAAAAAUGGCAGAAGCACUGUCGAGGUGGCAGGAGGGGCUCAAUCGGAUCGAGGCGGCUCCGUUCCACUUCUUCACACUUGAUAAUAAUUCGGAUGUCGGAGUGCCGAGCGCAGUGGGAGCCGAGCUCGAAAUGCCAGACUACUGGGGAUUCGUGAAUUCGAUCUUCCUACCGACUGUCGUCUUUUACACGCUUCUCUGGUUUGCCGUCUACGCGUGUGUACAGUAUAACUGUUGGUUGAGUUGGCAGGAAGGAAUCAAGAGAAAACGACUUUUAAAUUUGACAACUUCUCUUAUUCAUUCAACGAUAUCCGGUCUCUACCUGUUCGCCUUCUUCUGCUAUAAUACGAAGUUAAUGUUCGCGGCUCCACUCCAUUAUUACACGUAUCUCGAUUCACAAAUUAUCACUCUUUCAAUCGGAUAUUUCUUUUACGAUGGAAUUGAUCUCGUUAUGAACGAUAAACUCUCAAUUUCCACUGGUGUACUUUUAUUCCAUCAUGUUGCCUCCAUCUAUGUACUUUCAACGGCUGUUCUUUCAAAGAAAUUCCUUUUAUACGCGUAUUGGGCAAUGCUCAUGGAGGUCUCAUCAAUCUUCCUGCACACAAGAUCCAUCCUUCACAUCUCUAAGCUUUCGACGACGUCGAUGAUCGGAUUCUCGAAAGUUGUCUCCUAUUUGAAUUUGAUAACUUUCAUCGUGUUCCGUGGAUUCGUUCAAUUCUUCCUCUUCGGAUGGGCAUGGGUCAACUAUGAUCAUAUUCAUUUCAUCUUCAAGUGCAUCGCUUUCGGUGGAGGCUUCUGUUUUGCAGUGAUCAACGUCAGCUUAUUGCUUAGAAUAUUGCACUCUGAUGGAUUCUUGCUCUCGUCUGUCGUCUCACAAGAUUCAACUUGUAGAUCGUCUGGAUGCCCUUCUCGAGGACAACGAGUACAGCAACUCGUCGGAAAGUGUGGCAAAAUCGGAGAAGAAGGAGUUGCUUGAUGUGUAGAAGACAGAAGCAACGGCGGAUUUUUCAUUAAUUUAUCUUUUUCUCUCUCCCACCCAUCCCCGAUACAUUCUCUCACUCUCAAUCUUUUUUUUGCCAUAUUCCGGGUUUUUCUUUUCUCUAUUUUUAUCCGUUCCGUGUGUUCAAACGAUCCACAAUUUCAUCCACUACUUUUCUCACCAAUAUUUCAUUUUUGUUCAUAUCACACGAAGGCUUUACAAUAUUUGUACAAGCAUUAUUCUCCCUUCUAGAACAUAAUUAUAACCACAUAAUCCAAAUCGAUAAUCAACUAUUUGUGAUAUUUGAAACUUAGUUUGGCUCUACCACCCCAUUUCCCCCUCCGACUAAUUACGGUCAAAUCGAUUUUUUUCAAAAAACUAUUUUGAACUG